ACUAAUGAACAUGCACCUGUGGAACGGUCGUUAAGACACUAACAGUUUACAGACGGUAGGCAAUUAAAGUCACAGUUAUGACAAAUUAGGACACUAAAAGAGGCCGUUCUACUGACCCUGAAAAACACCAAAAGAAAGAUGCCCAGGGUCCCUGCUCAUCUGGCUGAACGUGCCUUAGGCAUGCUGCAAGGAGGCAUGAGGACUACAGAUGUGGCCAGGGUAAUAAAUUGCAAUGUCCAUACUGUGUGACGCCUAAGACAGCGCAACAGGGAGACAGGAUGGACAGCUGAUCGUCCUCGCAGUGGCAGACCACGUGGAACAACACCUGCAUAGGAUUGGUACAUUUGAACAUCACACCUGCGGGACAGGUACAGGAUGGCAACAACUUCCAAAGUUACACCAGGAACGCACAAUCCCUCCAUCAGUGCUCAGACUGUCCACAAUAGGCUGAAGGAGGCUGGACUGAGGGCUUGUAGGCCUGUUGUAAGGCAGGUCCUCACCAGACAUCACCGGCAACAACGUCACCUAUGGGCACAAACCCACCGUCGCUGGACCAGAUAGGAGUGGCAAGUUGUGCCCGGAUUUCAAUCCCAUUGGGCACGUCUGGGACCUGUUCGACCGGAGGGUGAGGGCUAGGGCCAUUCCCCCAGAAAUGUCCGGGAACUUGCAGGUGCCUUGGUGGAAGAGUGGGGUAACCCCCCACAGCAAGAACAGGCAAAUCUGGUGCAGUCCAUGAGGAGGAGGAUGCACUGCAGUACUUAAUGCAGCUGGUGGCCACACCAGAUACUGACUGUUACUUUUGAUUUGGACCCCCCCUUUGUUCAGGGACACAUUAUCCAAUUUCAGUUAGUCACAUGUCUAUGGAACUUGUUCAGUUUAUGUCUCAGUUGUUGAAUAUUGUUAUGUUCAUACAAAUAUUUACACAUGUUAAUUAUGAUUGCUGAAAAUAAACGCAGUUGACAGUGAGGAAGUUCCUUUUUUUAGCUGAGUUUAGUUAGAUAAAGGAUGAUUGACAUAACAUUAAAACAGUUCUCAAGGCCUGAAAACAUCGGACAAACUUUAUUGGAGUGAACUCUCACAAAUAACUUUAACCACAAACAGACUGUGGGGUAAAAUACUAUUGGCAACACACUGGAUAGUAUGCGAAUAGUUUCGUACAAGAGAAAGGGGAACUAAUAACAAUUGGACUGAUAUGAGCUAGCUAGCUAGAUUUCCAUUUCCCCGGUCAUUUUCAGCAAGGCAACGUUAGCUUUGAGCCACGGUGUUAUCGACUCCUGUAACGAACCCAUCACAGAGAAGAGUCCUCGUUUCUUCUGAAGUCGACAAGGACCUGGAAAUAUUUCUCAUUGUUUCUCUAUUUCAUAGCGAUGCUUAUAUCUUGUUAGAAGCGACGCAAAGGCAUUUUAGUUGAGUGUUGUUGUUGUUGUUGAAGCUCUGACACCACUCAGAGCUGUGUGAGAGUCUAAAUAGUCCGGGUUGACGCAAAGAUCUGUCCCGUUAAUAAAUAUGUAUAAAUAUGUAGAAUACGUGAAUAUGUAGAAAAUGAACACGAACUCCUUCAAUAUAUAUGACACUUUCAUAUGCAAGUAAAAUAAUGCAUCAUCAUGCCCAAUAAAUAUGAAAUCAAAGCGGAACCUUGUUAAACUGUAUGAUACCCGGAAGAUUUAGCUAUCAGAACGGUUUCCUGUUUGGAGGAAAAUCUACUUGUAUCAAGUUGACAUUGAACACGUUCAGCAUUAAACAUGGUUUCUCUGUCUUUAAACUCGUUAAAAACAAUUAUGCGGGCGAUGGUGGACAGUCCGGGAUUUGAUCGAGUUUUAAGUAAGGUGGACAUUGUAACAGCCAGCCCAGGGAAAGUGGUGUGUGAGUUUAAAGUGGAAGAGGAGCACACAAACCGAGGGGGCACCCUUCACGGGGGUCUGACAGCAACACUGGUCGACGUUAUCUCCACCACUGCCAUCAUGUACACGGAACGGGGGGCACCCGGUGUCAGCGUGGACAUGAACAUCACGUACAUGAAUGCUGCCAAGAUAGGUGAGGACGUGCUGAUCACAGCCACGGUGUUGAAGCAAGGACGGACCCUGGCAUUCGCUACUGUAGACCUCACUAGCAAAGCCUCUGGGAAACUCAUCGCACAAGGAAGACACACAAAGCACCUUGGGAGUUAGAUCAGCUGCUCGGUGUGGGGUGAUGUUGCCCCCACAACACAGGUCUUGGGUCAGUUUAGCAUUCCCCCCCCACCACUAAUGUUUAAGAUUGGGGGAGGGAAAGCUGAACACCCCCCCCAUCAGCAAAUUGUGAAUGAUCAUACUGCUGCUGUGACACGGUCCAGCAGAAAGUCUGUGGGUGAAGAAACAUGACUAUUGUGAUACUGUGUCAGUAAAUUGUUUUUCACCCCACAACUGACUUGCUAAAUAUAUAUAUAUAUUUUUUUGCAUGUCAUUCUGCUGUAAAUAUAUACUUUGUGUACACACAAUAAAAACACACCAGGAAAUACUUUCAAAUGUUACAUUGUAUUGGGAUUUGUUCAGCCGUGUUGAUUUCUAGAUGCAUAAAAAAAAAGAAUAAACUGAAAUGACCCACCUUUAAAUCCAACAUAUUGAAUCAACAAAGAAAACCCUCAAUUAAAAUGUACUGACUGAUUUGUGCCUUAUUUUACCCCAGCAAAGCAACAAAACAAAACAAAAAAACACCCCCAUUUUACAAGCACUGCAACAAUUAGUACUCUUUAGGAUACUUGUCUACCAAAUUAAAGGAACAGACAUGUAACAAACCCAUUAAAUUUCAACUCAACCUGUUCCAUUGUUAGGUACAUUAAUUCUUCCAUAUACACACACCCACCCAUGCCGACCCACACCGAGAACAAACUAAAACAGAUUUCAGUAGCUUGAAUGGCGUGCAUGGUAACAACCUUUAAACCGGGUGUGUCGGGUCCGCACCACGCGGUUCACAAUACUGUCCGUCAACUUCCUCCCAUCAGUUCCCAACUAUACUCCAGAUAUUACUAAUGGUGCUCCUGGCAUAUUUCACAGGAAAAGCAAACGAACCCAGAGAAGAAAAAAAAAGCCAACAUUAAACAAGGGCGUCUUAAAAAAGG